AUGGCCGAAACCGCCAAUGCCGUGGCUCUCAAUGAGUCCCAAGUCCCCGAAGUCCCGGCCGAAGCCGCUGCCCAAGGGUCCAAGCAGACAGUUGACCCCUGGAACGUUCAAGGGGAGGUCGGCGCAGACGGCCAGAUCAAGGCAAUCAACUACGACAAGCUGAUUGAGGAGUUUGGCACCAAGAAGAUUGACGAGGAGCUCCUCGCCAGGUUCGAGCGCGUAACGGGCAAGAAGCCACACCAUUUCCUCCGCAGAGGCAUCGUCUUUUCGCAUCGCGACUUCGAGCUUAUUCUCGACCGAUACGAGCGCAAUGAGCCAUUCUUUCUUUACACUGGACGUGGGCCCUCGAGCGACUCCAUCCAUGUUGGACACUGCACGCCCUUUAUGUUUACAAAAUGGCUUCAGGAUACCUUUGACGUUCCUCUUGUAAUCAUGUUGACGGACGACGAAAAGUACCUGUUCUCGGAGAAGCGCACAAUUGAGGAAGUUCAAGGGUACUGCGAUAGCAAUAUUCGGGACAUUAUCAGCAUGGGCUUUGACCCAAACAAGACAUUCAUUUUCUCUGAUUACGACUACGUUGGCGGCGCAUUCUAUCGCCAAAUCACGCGGUUAGCGAAGCACAUCACGCUCAACCAAGCGCGUGCCAUUUUCGGCUUCAACGACUCCUCCAACAUUGGCAAGAUUCACUUUGGAAGUAUUCAGGGUGCUGCUGCCUUUGCCAACAGCUUCCCUCACAUUUUCGGUGAGGACGAAAAGAAGACCGUCGGCAUCCCAUGCUUGAUUCCAUGUGCCGUUGAUCAGGACCCAUAUUUCAGAGCGACCCGUGAUGUUGCCGCCAGACUUACCUACCAGGGGGUGCGGUUUGCGAAGCCGUCCUUGAUCCAUUCUUUGUUCUUGCCAGCCCUCCAGGGGCCAGGCACCAAGAUGUCUGCCUCGAUUGAUUCCAGCGCCAUCUUCAUGACCGACACUCCCAACCAGAUCAAGAACAAGGUUAACAAAUACGCCUUCAGUGGUGGCAAGGUGUCUGUCGAGGAGCACCGCGCAGUGGGAGGUGACACAGACGUAGACGUUGCCUACCAGUACCUCCGCUUCUUCCUCGAGGAUGACGAAGAACUUGAGAAGAUCCGGGUCGCCUACUCUAAGGGCGAGCUCCUCACGGGUGAGCUCAAGGCGCUUUGCAUCAAGGAGCUCCAGACUUUCGUCGCGGCGUUCCAGGAGAGGAGAGCCAAGGUCGACGAUGCAGCUGUCAAGCAAUUCACCGACAUCAGACCUCUCACCUGGAUGGGCAACCCCAAAGUACCCAAGGCCGAUAUUGUGGUACCAAAGCUAGAAGGUGCUGAGGGUGCCGAGGGCGGUGAUGGGAAACUCACAAAGAACCAAUUGAAGAAGCUGGAAAAGCAGAGACAGAUAGAGGCGAAGAAGGCCCAGAAGGCCAAGGAGAAGGAGGGUUCUGCCGCUGCUUAG